AUGGGUUGCUGGAUCCUGGUGUAUAUGAUCCAAAGAGAUGGGACAGCACUCAGCAGACAUAUGGCUGAGAGGGCCCGAGGAAUCAAGGCUGAGAGGGCCCGAGGAAUCAAGGCUGAGAGGGCCCGAGGAAUCAAGGCUGAGAGGGCCCGAGGAAUCAAGGCUGAGAGGGCCCGAGGAAUCAAGGCUGAGAGGGCCCGAGGAAUCAAGGCUGAGAGGGCCCGAGGAAUCAAGGCUGGGAGGGCCCGAGGAAUCAAGGCUGGGAGGGCCCGAGGAAUCAAGGCUGAGAGGGCCCGAGGAAUCAAGGCUGAGAGGGCCCGAGGAAUCAAGGCUGAGAGGGCCCGAGGAAUCAAGGCUGAGAGGGCCCGAGGAAUCAAGGCUGAGAGGGCCCGAGGAAUCAAGGCUGAGAGGGCCCGAGGAAUCAAGGCUGAGAGGGCCCGAGGAAUCAAGGCUGGGAGGGCCCGAGGAAUCAAGGCUGGGAGGGCCCGAGGAAUCAAGGCUGGGAGGGCCCGAGGAAUCAAGGCUGGGAGGGCCCGAGGAAUCAAGGCGGACACUGUUUGA